UCUCCAUCCUAAGAGACAGAGAGACACCUUUAAUCAGCCAUGAGGAAGCUCUACAAGAGCCCCUGGAUCUUCCUGGGGUUUUUACUGAUUCAAGAAACUGUGAAUGGACAAGAAGAGAAUGCAGCACUCCGGCACAAAGCCACGCAGUCGUCCAGGUAUGACACCUGGUAUAGUGAAUAUGCAGUGGACGGUGUACGUGGCAGCUGUUCCCACACCAACACACAGACCGACCCGUGGUGGAGAGUGGAUCUGAUCAACAUAUACAGAGUAAACAGAGUGGCCAUCACUAACAGACUGAGCUACUAUUCGGAUAUCGUAUCCAGAAUAAACGGGGCAGUGAUUCGUGUCGGAAACUUCCUUGACGUUUACAGCAACCCUAUGUGGGGAUACUUUUCACAUAUGUGCUCCAUCUUCUCAUGCGGUGGGACUGAGGGACGUUACGUGAUUGUUCAUAUUCCUGGAGGUGGGAAAAUUCUUACUCUCUGUGAGGUUGAAGUCUACGGGUAUUUGCAAGGAAAUCGGGCAGUAGAUGGAGCUGCUUCACAGUCAUCAACAUUUGAGAACUGGUUUCCUGAAAAGGCCACUGAUGGCAAUCGAGGUCUCCAGCAGUUGUAUAUGGGAUGUUCCUCAACCCUUAGUCAGAGUAACCCAUGGUGGAGUGUGGAUCUGCGUGAUAUUUACCGAGUAAGUAGAGUGGUUGUCACUAACAGAAAAGACUGCUGUGCAGAACGAAUAAACGGAGCAGAGAUUCACAUCGGAAACUCUUUGGAGAACAACAGCAACAACAAUCCCAUAUGUGCAGUUAUUCCUGCUAUUCCAGCAGGUGAGUCCUACAGCUACUCAUGUAAUGGGAUGGAGGGACGUUUCGUGAAUCUGAUCAUUCCUGGAGACAUGAAGAUGCUUACUCUGUGUGAGGUGGAGGUCUAUGGAGAAGGUCAACAGACAAAGACACUGAUAUGUUUCAAUGAACAAAUAUCUUAA